AUCAAGCCUUUAAUUUAUAAGUUUUUCAGAUUUUGACAAGUUCUAUAGAACUUGAUCGGUACUCUAAAGCUCAUCAUCAAUGGCAGGCUUUGUUUAUCAUCUAACAGAACAGCUGCAACACUAUGGUAGAGGUAACAAUAGUAACAUACAUAUGGAAGCACCGUAUUAUGGAUAUGGCUUCUGUGACAACCAUGGCGUUCAUGAUCAAAAUAUUGAAGGUUUCACUUAUCAAUAUGGUGUCUUGAAUGGUGUAGGUCAUUCUCAACCAGUUCAAUGGCCAAUGCAUUGUCAAGGACCAAACGGUCUAAUACAUAGCCAUAGUUCAAGUACAUCAGUCCAUGUGGGUUCAAACCCAUAUUACAUCAAUAGAGGCAUCCAAACCAUUCAAGGUGAUGUGGUUCAGCAUGGUACCUUCAAUGGACGUGGCAUGGGAGCGAGGGUUCGUGGACACUUCUCUGUAUCUGGUGAUAUUAAUUAAUUAACUUAAACCAAUUUAAUACCUACUUAAAUUGAUUGAAAGUCAUACGAGAUGAAGACAUAAAAUAACAUAAAAUGAAUUUAAAAAAAAAAAACAGCUAUGCAAACAUUAAUGUAUUAGUGGAUUGGAUUCUAUAGAGUUGUUAUCGUGAUUGUGAUUUUUUUUUUUGGUUUAAUGAAAUAUUCCUUUGACAUACAAGUCUGAAAGCAUUUGGGGAGACUAUUCAUGUUUAGCUUUUGCUUUUGUUUUAUUUUAAUUUUCUUUUUACCAAAGUGAUAUAAUUAACUUGCCUUUUCUAUUAGAAGAAGAAAUUGCAAGCAUG